AUGUCUCUGGCAUGGUCGCCUCGGCCUCGCCAAGCCAGCUUCGAUUAUCACUCUCGGCGGAUACCGACAUGGCGAAAGCCUCUGCGUCAACGAGACACCCUGGUGCAGUUCACGAAGGAUAUUUCUCAGGAUGGAUCCGUGCGAAACUGGGAAGACGUCUUGGCGUUGUUGUCUAUGUUGCCGUCCCUUCGACUUCGGCCAGAUGAGGUGUUCUUCGGAGCGGCUCUGGGCCGGCUCGGCAAGGAGAGGCAAUGGCACUUUGCGCUGACCACCCUCGAGUCCAUGACUGUUUGUGAGAGCUUGCAGCCCAAUCUCAUCACCUGCAGUGCAACAGUGGCAGCCUGCGCCAAAGCUCUGAAGUGGUUCCGGGCUUGCGCCAUCCUGGCCCACAUGAGAAAAGACCGCAGCAUCGAGGCCAACACCAUCGCUUUCGACUCGGCGAUCACUGCCUGUGGUGGCCGCAGCGGUAGCUGGGCACAGGCGGUUCAUGUCUACGACAUCCUGAGGGUGCAGGGUCUGGCGCCAAUCAGCAUGACCUACAACUCUGCCAUCAGUGCCUUCGAGUAUCGCCAGCAUUGGCAAAGAGGUCUCGAGUUUUUGCAGGAGCUCUUCGCGCACCGCCCUGGCAAGCGCAUAGCCGCGAACGUGGUCAGCUUCAAUGCUGCGCUCGCUUGCUGCCGCAAGGUGUCACAGUGGCAGUGGGGCCUGCACCUUUGGAAGGGUGUGCGGAGACAUCUGGAAAUCGACGCUCCGCACCUCAGGGAGGACAAAUCGGCAGAUGACGUGACUUAUGGAUGUGCAGUCAGCGCAUGCGAUCAUGGCUGGCAGUGGCAAUGGGGCCUGCAGCUGCUUUGCGAAGCCGUCUUUUCUGGACUCCGUGUGGGCAUACCCACCAUGAACUCGGCAAUCAGUGCGUCCGCGAAAAGCAAGAAGUGGCACACAUGCCUGGCACUUCUUCGUGAAAUGCCGAGCGAAAGACUUGCGCCUACACGGGUGAGCUUCACAAGCGCCUUGGGCGCCUUCAGUGGCCCCGAAAUGACCCGGUCGAAGAGCAGCCUGGUGUUGGAGCUCUUGAUGGAGAUGGUCGAGCAGAAGAUCCAGCCCAAUGCUCUUGGCUUGGAUAUCGCAACUCAAGCGGCUGAGGCAUCAGCCUUCCACUCCCUGGCGCCUGGUUUGGUGGCCCAGACACGCCUCGCUGGCGCUGCAGCAUGCGAAGCUACUGAAGACACUUUCGAGGAGGAGGACCGGCAUGGGGAACACUCGGGUCUUGCGAUUGUCGCCGCGGAUUCCUUGGAGUGGCAUGGGCUGUUGGACGAGCGCUUGAAGGCUUCGCUGCAGCGGAGCUCCUUGCUUCCGAACGAGCUCUCAGCAGCUGAGCGGCAGUCGGCGCAGAAGCACGCGAUGGCUCUGCAAAGAGGUGAGGUUGAAGUGCAGCGAGCUCGAGAGCACAGCGAGUGGCUGGAGGUCGAAGGUUCCAGCAUAUCGGCGACGGUAAUCGAGGACUUGGAAGCAGCUUGCUCGCUUUGUUCAGAGGCGAGGUGUUCUGCAGAGGAUGCCCGGUACAUGCAAGAAGAGUCCGUCACCUUGGCACAAAUUCUGUUGGAAUCUCACGCCAUCCUGGCUGACUAUGAUGCUUCACUGGAGACCGCCCGCAAAACGAGGGAACUUGCCGAAGAGUCCGAAGCUCUUCGCAACUCAUUGCACUUUGAGAAUGCCCUGGCGAUGGAAUUUCGGCAGCAGCUGCGGGAGGAAGCCAAGUCUGUCAAGGCCGUCUUGGUGGAGUACGCCCGCCUGCGUGGGCGCCGCGAGGAUGCUCUGCGCGGCUCCGCUCUAGCUUUGCGUGGUUGGGCAACCUCCAACUCUCUCUCCGCCCCAACUCCGCUCGAUGGUGCUUGCCUGGGCGCAGCUGUAGACCUAGAAACUCUGAGAAACUCGCUUCACUUGCUGGACGGCCAGCCCUCGACCAGAGAUGCGAUGCAGGCAUCAUUCUAUGGGAGCAGCAUUCAGUCAGACCCUGAUGCUAGCCCGCAGAGCCCGUCCCUGACCGCUACUGACUUGACGCUAGCCUGCGCGGACGUAUCGCCCUUGGCUCGUGUGUCGCAGAUCUCGCAGGAGUCGGUGCUUGACCAGUCUCAAGCUACGCUCUCCCACGGCCAUUUGUCGGACGAAGUGGAUGCGGAUGUUCCGCCCGGUGAGAUCUCUCAGAGGGGCAGUGGCUCAUCCUGUCUGAUGGAUGCAGAGAGCCCGACUGGGGAGGCUUGCAACCUGAGCCCGCAUGCUGGGACGGAAAUGGUCGAAGAUGGAGGUUUGAUCCGCCGGAGUGUCCUAGACGAGAAGGAUGCAGAGGUGCUGGACUUCGACGUGGAAGCUGAUGCUGACCCACAGGAUGAUGGUCACCUCAGUAUGUCUACUACCUUCGAGGCUGCUCCGGACGCAGAUGCUUCCACCAAGGAUGCAUCUCCAGCCAGGAGCGAUGGACUGGAGGGAGAGGUGCAGUGCAUUCGACGGCCCACCCAGCAGGCUGUGCCCACAAGCAGAGAUGCCGAAGUGCAAACCGAGCCGGAAGCCCAACCCGAGAAGGCUGUGAAGGCCCCAUCUACUGCGACGGUGCCCGCACGAAGCGUGCGCAGCUCUGACAUCGGAGAAGUCUCACUGGGCCGCAGGGCGACUUCCCCGGCCAGGAGCUGUAGGACCGUGACUGGUAGGCAUGAAAAAGCAACUUCGCCGCUGCGAAGCCCGAUGACGGCGAGCCAAGACUCAACUGCCGCAAGCCCGGCGAAGGAUGCUUCUCCUCGUCGUGCUGGAGAUUUCGCACCUGACAAAGACAGACUGGGAAAUUUGCAACUACGCAAAGCAGCGUCUCCCAGAUUUGAGCAACCCCGUGCACAGGUGGAAGCAAAGGCCACUUCUCCUCGCAAGGGACGCAAACCCUUCAGACCUUCAAGCCCCACGCCACGGCUCAUUACCAAGCAUCCGCCCUCCACUUUGCACAAGUCUCAGCUCGCUGCGCGCCCUCUUCCCGAAUCGCGCCCGAGCGAGGGGCAGGGCCAAGGACCUGCGCCUUCUGCAGGUUCCACUUCAUGCCGGAGCCCUUCACAGGUUUGGAGUCCUAGUUGA